UUCUGAUCGUUUUGACGAUUUUCAGUGAUUUGGAAACAGUGAAAUUGACUGCAUUUUGCUAGCAGAUGGAUUGUGCAAGGAACAAGAUUUAGCCUUUUUUUCUUGUGUCUUGCGCGGAGCAGCAGUGACAGGGGAAAAGGUUUACAUCGACAUACGGAAGUGAGAAUGGCUGAAAAUUGUGAUGGAGAACUGAUGAAAACAGAGUCCAGCUCAUUCUGGAAAAUUAGCUGGAUAGUGGUCUCCUGUUGGUGCAGUAGGGUUUUGUUGAGACAUCAACAACAGUGGAAGCAAGUGAAACUGAUCACUCAGUGACAUAUUGGAGUGAGUGAUUGAGUACGGGAAAAUAAGUUGAAUAGCAACUCGUGAAAGUGUGUCAGUAGGGAAAGAAAAAAAACAGCAGUGUCUCUCUGUGAUAGAGAUUUUAUGGAGAAGUGCUUAUUGCAGAGCGAUGGCGUUCAUAGUGUGAGUAGUGCCAGAAGGUCACCAAUAUCCAAUCAGUAGAAACCCGGUAGGACGAUACAACACCGUUCGUAGCGAAGCCCCUCAAGCGAGAAGUGGGGUGAGGCAGUUCGGGCAGGUGAGAGAAGGGUAGCACUGCAGUUGUCGCCACUGAGUGGCCAACGCAACGUCAUCAUGAGCACGGAACAUUCAGUGGUCGAUUUGGUCAACGAGACUUCCAGUCCAAAAACGAACAUCGUAAUUCAUGUGACGGAAUCACCACCGGCGGCGCUGGCCAUCGAUCCACUGAUCAGUCACGUUGGAGAUGGUAUCUUUCUGCAGACCAAGACCGCCCAGGGGCUGGCGGGAAUAUUCGUGUGGAUCGCGCUGUUCAUCGCGUGUCAACAGAUCUACCAGCACUUGCGAUGGUACACAAACCCCCAGGAGCAACGAUGGAUCGUUCGGAUAUUGUUUAUCGUGCCCAUUUACGCGACCUACUCGUGGAUUAGUUUAUUAUUUUUCAACUCCGAAAGUGUCUACGUAUACUUCUUCACCGUGCGAGAUUGCUACGAAGCGUUCGUAAUCUACAAUUUCCUGUCGCUCUGCUAUGAGUAUCUCGGCGGUGAGGGCAACAUCAUGUCGGAGAUCCGCGGCAAACCCAUCAAGUCGUCCUGUCUCUACGGGACGUGCUGUCUUACCGGAAAAACGUACACCAUCGGUUUUCUGCGGUUCUGCAAACAGGCGACACUUCAGUUCUGCCUGGUGAAGCCACUGAUGGCGUUCAUCAUUAUCUUCUUGCAGGCCUUUGGACACUUUCACGAUGGCGAUUGGAGCGCUGAUGGUGGCUAUAUCUACAUCACCGUCAUCUACAACAUCUCGGUCUCGCUGGCGCUGUACGGGCUGUAUUUGUUCUACUUUGCCACUCGGGACCUGCUGACGCCAUUCGACCCGGUGCUCAAGUUCUGCACCGUGAAGUCUGUGAUUUUCCUUUCCUUCUGGCAAGGUGUUGGUUUGGCCAUCCUGGAGAAGGCUGAAGUAAUCUCACCCAUCGUGGAUGCCGGCGGUUCUACCACAUCAGCUGGUACCGUAUCAGCGGGCUAUCAGAACUUCCUCAUCUGCAUCGAAAUGCUGUUUGCUGCGAUUGCCCUGCGGUAUGCUUUCCCCUAUCAGGUGUAUGCCCAGAGCUGUAUGACUGACGCUCAUGGUCGAUCCGUGACGAUGCAAUCAAUUUCCAGCAGUUUGAAGGAAACAAUGAAUCCGAAAGACAUCAUGACCGAUGCGAUACACAACUUCCACCCGCAGUACCAGCAGUACACGCAAUACAGCUCAGGGGGUAAGAACUCACGUGGCAUUCGGGUCUCAUCGUACGAUCCGGACGAUCCGAGCCAUCAGCUAACGCAGGGAGGCACCGGCGGAAACAACAUGGGUACAAUGAGUGGUAGCCAGAAUGGUGGCGGUGGCGGGAACGGGCGAGGAAGCGCCGGUUACACCAACAGCUACAACAACUACAUCGCACCGCCCACGCUAGGCAGCCAACGGAAGUUUAUGCCGGGUGGUGGCACCGGCCAGAAAGUGGCCACGAUCAGCCAAAAUUACAAUGAGAAGACGAUGCUGCUUAGUAGCGAUGAUGAGUAUCAAUAAGGUGGCGCCAUUGGCGCUCUUUUUCGGACGAUUUUUAUUGAUGCCCCAGUGUUAGGUUUUGAUUUUGUAUGGUCAUUGCUAGAUCCCCCAAUUUUGCAAUGCGCCUAGGCGCAAACGUUGUAACUUUUGCGAAGUGUAAUUAAUAUGAGGCUUUCACUCCCCAGAAAGCAAUGCCUUUUUGUUGGAUUCAAUGUUUAAAUGAUAAUAAGGACAAUGAAGAGGCAGAGUAGUUAUUUAUAUUACAAAAAACUAGUAUUGAAGCGUAUAUAUAUAAAUGGCAGAACAACACUGAUAAGUGCUGUGUAUUUUUGUUAUGAAAAGAAAAUGCACUCAGAAAAUUUUAAUAACAUGUGCAGCAUAAAACUCAUUUACAAUAUAUACAGAAACAAAUAAUAAAUGUGAAUAGACAGGUACAGCCCGGAGACUAAAUAAACUUAUCAAUGUCUCACGAGAAAAACAAUACAGCAGAAUAUAGUGAAUUGCAAGAGUACAAUAUUCCUGCCAUUUGAACAACAUAAUGUCGUUCCGUUUUAUUUUCUGUUUUUUUUCUGAAUAUUUUUUUUGUUACCGAACACGAGCAUUAAAGUACCUAAUCGAAAUUAAUACCGUUCGCAGAAGAAAACCUUCACUAAAACAGCUCUUCUGUAAAGAAGAGUAGAUAAAACAAACAAAAAACAAAUCGAGUGUCUAAAUAAUACCAUUCCUUUUCUGAAUGUGAUCGUAAAUUUCAGAAUCAAUUAGAAUUGCGAAAAUGAAAAAGAAAAAAAAGCUUUAUCGAGUGUAGAUGCCAAACAAAACUAGGUACGCCUUUUCUCUUUGUAAUAUACAAUUACCGUUUCUUUGAUGUAACAUACAUACGAAAUACAUACAAUAUUUAGCAGUGCCAUAUUCUGGAUGAGGUAUACAAUUUAGGGUACAACACUGGCAGAAAAAACAUAAUACGACAAGAAGUUGUUUCUUAACGAAGCGCAGGAAAAGCUUUCGCCGGCUAAACUGAUUUAGCGUAUGUUAGGAAGCCAAAUGGGCAAAUAUAUGUAUUAAUAAAAUGUACUUUGAAUAAUGCUACUACACAAGACAUGAAAACAUAAAUCGCGACAUGUUACUGUUGCCACUGGUCGACCGGAGACGGUAGACUCGAACACACAAAGCGAGGGGAGACGGAGAUUUGGUAACAUUUCUAAAAUAGCAUAUGUAAAAAUAUAAAAGCGAAUAUUUUA